GAAGUUUUCCGGCUGGAGCGACAGUCUGCAAACCCACGUGGGGUGGACCCAGGGGUACGCUGCUGGGCAUCCCAGCCGCACCUGAGCAGGAACAGGGCGCCAUGGGGAAGCUGCGCCGGCGGUACAACGUCAAGGGGCGCCAGCAGGCGGCCCCCGGCCCCUCGCAAGGCCCCCCAGAGCCGCCCCCUGUGCUGCUGGAACUAGAGGAUAGGGGCACGCUGAAAGGAGUCGAUGCCAGCAACGCCCUGGUCCUGCCGGGGAAGAAGAAAAAGAAGACCAAGGCCCCUCCACCGUCGAAGAAGAAGAAACCUCUGACCAAGAAAGAGCGGAAGGUGCUGCAGAAAAUCUUAGAACAGAAGGAGAAGAAGAGCCAGCGCGCGCAGAUGCUGCAGAAGCUGAGCGAGGUCCAGGUGUCGGAGGCGGAGCUGAGGCUGUACUACACCACGUCCAAGCUGGGCACCGGGGACCGCAUGUACCACGCCAGAGAGAGAGCCGACGAGGUCACGGCCCCGGGUCGGACGAUCAGCAGCCUCAGCGGGGCCCGCCGGAAGCGCCGUCUGCAGGAGGCAGAGGAGGAGGAAGAGUCGGAGUCCUCCUCCGUGGAGUCUGAACCCGACGAGGCCCCGGCCGCCGAGCAGGUGGAGGCCGGAGCGGGGACGACGGCGCCAUGUCUGCCGCCAGCUCUGCCCGGGGGCACGGGGGAGAGCCCGGUGCCCAGUGGUCCGCCCCCUCCUGCCGGGACCCCCGCCGUGCCUUCGGCCCCUGCAGCCGAGGCCUCCCCGCUGGCCAGGCCCCCCGUGAAGCCCGCCGUCUUCGUGCCCGUGAACCGCUCCCCGGAAAUGCAGCAAGAGCGCCUGAAGCUGCCGAUCCUCUCCGAGGAGCAAGUGAUCAUGGAGGCCGUGGCCGAGCACCCCAUCAUCAUCGUGUGCGGCGAGACGGGCAGCGGGAAGACCACGCAGGUGCCCCAGUUUCUCUACGAGGCGGGCUACAGCAGCGACGGCAGCAUCAUCGGCGUCACGGAGCCCCGCCGCGUGGCCGCCAUAGCCAUGUCCCAGCGCGUGGCCAAGGAGAUGAACCUGUCGCAGCGGGUCGUCUCCUAUCAGAUCCGAUACGAAGGGAACGUGACCGAGGAGACCAGAAUCAAGUUCAUGACGGACGGCGUGCUGCUCAAGGAAAUCCAGAAGGACUUCCUGCUGCUGAAGUACAAGGUGGUGAUCAUUGACGAGGCCCACGAGCGCAGCGUGUACACGGACAUCCUCAUCGGCCUCCUGUCCCGCAUCGUGUCUCUCCGGGAGAAGAGGCUCAAGCCGCUGAAGCUGCUCAUCAUGUCGGCCACACUGCGGGUGGAGGACUUCACCCAGAACCAGCGGCUCUUCUCGGAGCCGCCCCCCGUCGUCAAGGUGGAGUCCCGGCAGUUCCCGGUGACGGUGCACUUCAACAAGCGGACGCCGCAGGAGGACUACAGCGGCGAGUGCUUCCGGAAGGUGUGCAAGAUCCACCGCAUGCUGCCCGCAGGCGGCAUCCUGGUGUUCCUGACGGGGCAGGCGGAGGUGCACGCGCUGUGUCGCAGGCUCCGGAGGGCCUUCCCGCGCUCCAGGCAUCGGCCGCCAGAAAAGGACGACCAGCAGGACUCGGUGGAAGAAACGAGGAAGUUUAAGAAGUCCCGGGCGAGGGCGAGGAAGGCCCAGGCGGCGGCGCUGCCGCAGAUCAGCUUGGACAGUUACUCGGUUCUGCCGGCGGGCGAAGGUGACGAGGACAGGGAGGCGGAGAUGGACGACGAGGAGGCGGCGCUGGGCUCCGACCUGGACCUGGACCUGGGGGAUGACGCAGCGGACGGAGGUGAGCAGCCGGAUGCCUCGCUCCCCCUGCACGUGCUUCCGCUCUACUCUCUGCUGGCCCCGGAGAAGCAAGCCCAGGUCUUCCAGCCUCCCCCGGAGGGGACUCGCCUGUGUGUGGUGGCCACCAACGUAGCCGAGACGUCCCUCACCAUCCCGGGCAUCCGGUACGUGGUGGACUGCGGGAAGGUGAAGAAGCGGCACUACGACCGUGUGACCGGCGUGUCCUCCUUCCGCGUCUCCUGGAUCUCCCAGGCCUCAGCGGACCAGCGGGCCGGCCGCGCGGGCCGGACGGAGCCCGGCCACUGCUACAGGCUCUACUCGUCCGCCGUGUUUGGGGACUUCGAGCCCUUCCCGCCGCCCGAGAUCACCCGGAGGCCCGUGGAGGACCUGGUCCUGCAGAUGAAGGCUCUGGACAUCGAAAAGGUGGUCAACUUCCCCUUCCCAACCCCGCCCUCUGUGGAGGCCCUCCUGGCCGCCGAGGAGCUGCUGAUUGCGCUGGGGGCCCUGCAGGCGCCCCCAAAAACAGACAGGGUGAAGCAGCUGCAGAGGUCCCGGCUGAGCUGCCCCAUCACCGCCCUGGGCAGGACCAUGGCCACGUUCCCCGUGGCACCCCGCUACGCCAAGAUGCUGGCGCUGAGCCGGCAGCACGGUUGCCUGCCCUACGCCAUCACCCUCGUGGCCGCCAUGACCGUCCGGGAGCUGUUCGAGGAGCUCGACAGGCCGGCCGCCAGCGACGAGGAGCUGGCCAGGCUGAAGAGCAAGCGGGCCCGGGUGGCCCAGAUGAAGAGGGUCUGGGCCGGACAAGGGGCUUCCCUGAAACUCGGAGACCUCAUGGUGCUGCUGGGCGCCGUGGGAGCCUGCGAGUACGCGGGCUGCUCGCCCCGGUUCUGCGAGGCCAACGGGCUACGGUACAAGGCCAUGGCGGAGAUCCGGCGCCUGCGGGGCCAGCUGACCACUGCAGUGAACACCGUGUGCCCCGAAGCCGGGCUCUUCGUGGACCCCAAGAUGCAGCCGCCUUCCGAGAGCCAGGUGACCUACCUGCGGCAGAUCGUGAUGGCUGGCCUGGGGGACCACCUGGCCCGCAGGGUGCAGAGCGAGGACCUGCUGGACGACAAGUGGCGGAACGCCUACAAGACCCCUCUGCUCGAAGACCCCGUCUUCAUCCACCCCAGUUCCGUCCUCUUCAGAGAGCUCCCUGACUUUGUGGUCUACCAGGAAAUUGUGGAGACCACCAGGAUGUACAUGAAAGGCGUCUCGACCGUGGAGGUCCAGUGGGUCCCGGCCCUGCUGCCCUCCUACUGCCAGUUCGACCGGCCCCUGGAGGAGCCGCCCCCCGCCUACUGCCCCGAGAGGGGCCGGGUGCUGUGUCACCGGGCCAGCCAGUUCUACCGAGUUGGCUGGCCACUCCCUGCCGUCCAGGUGGAGUUUCCGGAAGGCCUCGACUGCUACAAGCACUUCGCUCGCUUCCUGCUGGAAGGGCAGGUCUGCCCCAAGCUGGCCUCCUACCAGGGCUGCCUGCUGUCCAGCCCCAGCACCAUGCUGAAGACAUGGGCCAGGCUGCAGCCCCGGACGGAGAGUCUCCUGAGAGCCCUUGUUGCCGAGACAGCCAACUGCCGAGACGCCCUGCUGGCUGCUUGGAAGAAAAACCCCAAAUACCUGCUGGCUGAGUUCUGCGAGUGGCUCCCGCAGGCCAUGCACGCUGACGUCGAGAAAGCCUGGCCUCCGACCUCUGACCUCUGACCCGAUACCGGCCGCAGGGCUGAGGACUGUCUGGGGACCGAAGUGGGUGCCAGCAGCCUGUUCCUGGCACAGUCACCCUGGCCUCCCUGGAAACCCGUGCUCAUCUUGGCCCGGUUCCGGACCCGGCUUGCGGCCCCCUGGGCAGUCUGUCCCAGGGGCGGCUUUUUUAGCGGCUUUGUUACGGGACAGAUGACGGUUUACCUCACGAGCCGGCGCC